AUGGAGGUUAAAGAAAAGAAAAAGACAAAGAGAAAGCAAGCGCACCAAAAUACAUACGCUUUCAGACACAACCCGAAUUCAAUGCUAACCAAAGAAAUAGCAGCAAUAAAGAUAUUCGGACUAUGCAGAAGAUGUAAUGAAAAGAUCGAAUGGAGAAAGAAGUACAGAAAGUAUAAAAUACAAACUCAUGUGUCGCGAUGCACUGUCUGUCUAAAUAAAAGCAUAACCACCGCAUACAACAUAGUCUGUGAACCAUGCGGCGAGGGAAAGAAAAUCUGUCGAAUAUGCAGAGUUGGUUUAUGCUUUGAGACAUGUGCGCCACUAGAACAAGUAUUAGAGAAGAAAAAAGAGAGCGCCACCAUCUCUACUCCGGAAAGUAACAAUAUAGACUUAGAGGUAAAUGUGUCAUGUGAUGAAGAAAGUGCAGUGAGCAUAGACCAGAGCGAAAUAGAUACAGAUCAGAGUGAAUUAGAACAAGAGACUUUAUAAUAAUCUAAGAAAAUUUCAAGUGAAAAGAAGUGCUCUAGUAUAAAUUAGAAUAUAUUUACAUAGAUAAUUACACAGGCUACCCAAACCAAACAUAUUUGUGCACCG